GUUCACUGUUGCUGCUCACCCGGAUGGUUUUUGCCAACGUACACAGGAGGCAUGUGGGUGUGUUGUGGUGUUUGACAGCUGACGUUGUGUUAUAGAUAUUUAAAACCGCUCAGCUGUUAUUGGAAAAAAAAUGUCUGGCGGCAAACCCAACACAGAACAAGAAAUGGAAGUGAUUCUGGGAUUUGUGGAGGAGGCGGAUCCGUGGGAGCUUCGCAGUCCACAGUUCCCCAGCAAAGUCGGGGGGAAGCCAGCAUGGCUCGGCUAUAGAGAUGUCCCCUCUCUGCCUGGGCUGGAGUGUGAUAUAUGCCAACUACCAAUGGUCUUUCUUCUGCAGGUGUAUGCCCCGAUUUCUGGGCAGGAAAGAAGCUUCCAUAGAGCACUGUUUUUAUUCUGCUGCAAAACUCCUGAAUGCUACUCACGCAAUGACGGCAGCUGUAUGAAAGUAUUCAGAAGCCAGCUCCCAAGGGUGAAUGACUUCUAUCCAUUUGACCCUCCACCAGAUGAUGGAGAGUCUAGCGGUUCUGACCAUGACCAAGUGGUGUUACCCGUUACUGGGGUGAAGCUAUGCUGGGUGUGUGGUUGCCCUGGCAACAAAGCCUGCUCCCGUUGUCACAACAUAACCUACUGUAGCAAGCAUCACCAGACACUCCACUGGAAACACUCGCAUAAGAAGGCCUGUUGCAGCCAGGAGGCAUCCAAUGACGCGGCAUCGCUAAUCCUAUUUCCUGAAUUUGAGCUGGCCACUGAGCCGGAAGAGAAGGAUGUGGAGCAGGAAGAGGACGAGGUGGAGGAAGAGGUGGAGGAAGAGGAGAACGCAGAGGUGGAGGGGGCACUGAAGACUGAAAGUGGGGCUCCUUUGGCAGACGCGCUGGCAGAGGUAGACCUUGAGGAGAUGGCCACGCACGAGACCCAAGACAACAAGGUGUUCCAGCGGUUUAGAAGGAGGACCGCAGCAGAACCAGACCAGGUGCUGCGGUACAGUAGAGCAGGAUGUCCCUUAUGGGUCUCCUCCCAGCAUGUCCCGUCUGACCACGAUAUCCCAUCAUGCACCUGUGGUGCCAAGAGGUCCUUUGAGUUCCAGGUGAUGCCACAGCUGCUGAACAGUCUGCGAGUGGAUUCUACUGGUGCAAGUAUCGACUGGGGCACGCUAGCUGUGUACAGUUGCUCUGUCAGCUGUAAUACUGAAGGAUACUGCAGAGAGUUCCUUUGGAAGCAGGACUUCAGCUCAGAGCAGCAGCUUUAGACCGAUGGAAGAUGUACCUGCGCUUCAAAGUUGAAUCAGAAUAACCGGACACCGAUCAUAUGGAGACUGUGUGAACCCUCAUUUUGAUUCUGGACAUAUGUUGUCUGGACAUAUGUUUACAUAUACAGACACAACCGAACAGGCACCGUCUAUGAUUGGUAAUGAAGAUUUAAGACUUGUGAGCAAGGCAUAUCAGAGAACGGCUAAAUAGUCUACCUGUAGUUUUGGAUUCUGAACAUGCUUUUCUUGAAGUUAGUAUGGUUACUUUCAACAUCAAAAUAUUUUAUCGGCUUUCGUUCUUUAAAAUAUAUGGGCUAGCUCUUAAAAGUUGCAUACAACCAUACUAUUCUAGAUAGCCAACCACAGAGAAAACCUCAAAGUUCAGUAUUUUCUUAUCUCCUGGCAUGUGAUGGAGAUGCCAGUAACAAGUUUCUGGGUCUGGCUAAAUAAACCUUUUCUCAACUAUGAUCAAGAUGGACAUUAAUCAAUUGAAACAUUUUCCAAAAUAAAGUUAUUGGUUGCUAUGAUCUACUAUUGCUUAUGUCCAUAUGUUCUGUAUAUGUUAAAAUAAAGUGUCUGAUAUUUUCACUGACUACCUAAAAACAUCUACAUCAAAAUGGACAUUGACACAAACAAUCCUUAGAUAUGUUUAUUUACAACCAGAAAUCCAAUUUGAAGCCAGAAUAAAGACUGCGUUUUGUAAUAGUGCUUAUUUCAAUCCAAGAGCUGAGGUACCUUUCUCCAAUUACUUUGCAACUUUGUCAUCAUGUGAGUGAAACUAAUGAAAACAUUGAAAUAAAACUGACUACAAUUAAAUAGUGAGACAUGCAUGUAACACAAGCAGUGCCAAAGAAAAAGGACAUUGAAUUUAGCUGAGGUUAUUAGCAAGUCUGACCAACCAUGAGCAUAUUUCCAGGAAAUCUGUUAGCAUUAAU